AUGCCGCCGCCGGCGCCGUCCUCCUCCGAUCUCUGCGACUGCACGGCGCGCGAACUCGCCGCGCUGGUCCGCCGGCGGCAGGUCUCGGCGCGUGAGGUCACGACGGCCCACCUGAGGCGUAUCGAGCAGGUCAAUCCCGGCCUGAACGCCAUCGUCACCCUGCUGCCGGAGCGGGCACUGGCGGAGGCGGACGCCACCGACGCCGCGCUGGCGCACGGGCAGAACCCGGGUCCCCUGUGCGGAUUGCCGGUGGCGCACAAGGACCUCUUCGUCACCGCCGGCAUCCGCACGACGUUCGGCUCGCUGGCCUUCGAGCACCAUGUGCCGGACGAGACCGCCCUCAUCGUCGAACGCGAGCGCCGCGCCGGAGCCAUCACGCUCGGGAAGACAAACACGCCCGAGUUCGGCGCCGGGUCGCAGACCUUCAACGCGGUGUUCGGCGCGACCCGCAACCCAUGGCAGCGAUCUGGGCGGAUCGCUCCGCAACCCGGCCAGCUUCUGCAACGUGGUCGGAUUCCGCUCGUCUCCCGGUCGUGUCCCCCGCUGGCCCAGCGCGGCGCCCUGGUUCCGUUCGACAUCCACGGCCCGAUGGCCCGCACCGUCGCGGAUGUCGCGCUCGUUUUCGACGCGAUCGCCGGACCGGACGCGCGGGCGCCGUUGUCGCUGGGGAUCACCCCCGGGACAACCGCCGGACGGCUCGAGCGGGACUUCAGCGGCACCCGCAUCGGGUGGACGGCCGACCUCGGGACGCUCCCGGUGGAACCGGCCGUCACCGCGGUGUUCUCGAGCCGGCGGGCGACCUUUGAAGACCUUGGCUGUAUCACGGACGACGACUGGCCCGAUCUGUCCGGGGCGGACGAGGUCUUCACCACGUGGCGCGCCUGGUUCUACGACCUGGCGUUCGGCGCCGUCCUCGAUCGACAUCGGCCGCUGCUCAAGGACACCGUCGUCUGGAACAUCGAAGCCGGCCGCGAACUCGGCGGCGCGCACAUCGCCGCCGCCGAACGCGCCCGGGCGGCGCUGUACGACCGGGUCCGGCGUUUUCUGGAGACGCACGAGUUCCUCGUGCUGCCGGUGGCGCAGGUGGCGCCGUUCCCGGUCGAACUGCCGUACGUCACGGCCAUCAACGGCCAACCGCUGCCCACGUAUCUCGACUGGAUGAAGUCCUGCUGUCAGAUCAGCGUGACGGGACUACCGGCCAUCUCGGUACCAGGCGGGUUCACCGCCGCCGGGUUGCCGGUCGGCAUCCAGAUCGUGGGGCGGCCCUACGACGAUCUCGGGGUCCUGCAGCUCGCCCACGCGUUCGAUGCAGGCCACCGGCUUCUGGCAACGGCGCCCCCCGAUCCUGCCGGUGCGCUGAUCCCCGACCGCCCCGGCGUCGCAGCCAGUCUGCCCGGCCGCCGGACUGGCAUCGGCUGCCGGGAAGUGAUACAACGCUCGCGAUGCGCUGCGCGAAUACGAAUGUCUGAUGUUCCGGGAGCGCGGGGCACGGAGGCAACGAUGAGCACGCGAUUGAAUCGAGCAUUCGGUGUGGCGGGGGUAGCGGUCCUGCUGGCGGCCGGACUGGCCUGGGUCGGCGCCGGCGCCGGCGCGCAGGUGGCGCUGGACGCGGACGAUAUCGGCGGCGUCGUACGCGGUGCCAACGGACCCGAGGCGGGGGUCUGGGUCAUCGCCGAGACGGACGAACUCGACACCCGGUUCCGCAAGAUCGUGGUGACCGAUGACGCGGGGCGCUACACGCUCCCGGAUCUGCCGCCCGCCCGCUACGACGUCUGGGUCCGCGGAUACGGCCUGACGGACUCGGCGCCGGUGACCGCCCGCCCCGGCGCCACGGUGGAUCUGCAGGCGGUUGUCGCCGCGACGCCGCGCGAGGCGGCCGCGGUCUAUCCCGCCAACUACUGGUACUCGCUCGUCGAGGUCCCGCCGGAAAGCGCGUUCCCCGGCACCGGCGAGAACGGCAACGGCAUCUCUCCCGGCAUGCGCACCCAGGCCGCCUGGAUCGACGGACUGAAGCAGGGCUGCCAGUUGUGUCAUCAGCUUGGCAACCAGACGACCCGCGAGAUCCUGAAUCCCGGCGACUUCGAUUCGACCGAGGCCGCCUGGGCCCAUCGCGUCCGCGUCGGCCAACGCGGAUCGCGCAUGAACGGCGGUCUGCGGCGGUUCGGGGCGGACCGGGCGGUGGCAAUGUAUGCCGACUGGACCGACCGCAUCAUGGCCGGCGAGGUGCCCGAGGCUCCGCCGCGGCCACAGGGGCAGGAGCGCAACGUCGUGUUGACGAUGUGGGAAUGGGGCGGCGAGACCGGAUACGUUCACGACGAGAUCGCCACCGACAAGCGCAACCCGCAAGUGAACGCGGGCGGGCCGGUGUACGGCGUGGAGUUCGCCAACGACAAGCUGGUCUGGGUCGACCCCCGCACCAACGCGGCGCGCGCGAUACAGAUUCCGGUCCGGGACACCCCCGGCGAGGGAGACUUCAGGUCCUACAUCGACCGCGAGAACCUGGAACCGUCGCUCUACUGGGGUGACGAACUCAUCUGGGACAAUCCCGGAAACCCGCACAACCCGAUGAUGGAUGGACAGGGACGCAUCUGGAUGACGCACCAGAUCCGCGGCCCCGGCAACCCGGCGUGGUGCCAGGAAGGGUCGGACAACCGGUUCGCACAGCACUAUCCGCUGUCGCGCGCCGCCCGGCACGUCGCCUACUACGACCCGGCGGAUGACGACGUGACGCUGAUCGACACCUGCUUCAACACCCACCACCUGCAGUUCGGGUACGAGGACAGCGAACGGCUGUAUCUGAGUUCCGUCGGUCCCGUCAUCGGCUGGCUCGACGUCGAUCUGUUCGAGGAGACCGGCGACGCGCAGGCCGCGCAAGGCUGGUGCCCGGUGAUCGUCGACACCAACGGCGACGGCCGUAUCAGCGACUGGGUCGGCCGCGGCGAUGCGCUCGAUCCGACCAGGGACAAGGAAAUGGGCGCCGGCUGGUAUGGCAUCGUGCCCGACCCGACCGAGCGCAGCGUCGUCUGGGCGGCGUCCGGCGGGGUGCCGGGUCAGAUCGUGCGGCUCGACUGGGCGACAACCCGCCCGAAACCUGCAUCGCCGAGGGUAUUCCCCCCGCGGCAUCGACAUCACGACCGACGGCAUCGUCUGGACCGCGCUCUCGGGCAGCGGCCACUGGCCAGCUUCGACCGCAGCAAGUGCGACGUACUGAACGGCCCGACCGCCACCGGGCAGCAUUGCCCGCAGGGCUGGUCGCUCUACGCCACACCCGGCCCCCAGAUGAAAGGGGUCACCAGCCACGGCAGCGCCGACUUCCACUAUUACAACUGGGUGGACCAGCACAAUACGCUGGGACUCGGCGAGAAUGUGCCGAUUGCGACCGGCAGCACCUCCGAUUCGCUGCUGGCAUUCCUCCCCGACACGGAGGAUUACGUGAUCCUGCGCGUCCCCUAUCCGCUGGGCUUCUACUCGCGCGGCAUGGACGGGACGUAUCGACGACCCGGACGCCGGCUGGAAGGGGCGCGCGGUCUGGGCCGACUACGGCACCAACGCGGUCUGGCACUCGGAAGGCGGCAAGGGCACGCAGGGGAACCUGGUGAAAUUCCAGAUUCGCCCCGAUCCCCUCGCGCACUAGAAGUCUGCCACCCGACCGGCGACAUUGCGGAACACGGCCCGAAAGGCAGAGCCCUUCCGGGCCGUGUCGUUGUCCACGGACUGGCGGCAUUCGGUCUCACGAUGAGCAGCGCGGCUGCAGCGGACCCCACGGCCCACGUCGCGGGCGAUCUGGCGCUCGUGCUGGUCGGCGGCGGCGCCCGGGCCGCCUAUCAGGUCGGUUUCCUGCACGCCCUCAUCAAACAGCACCCCGAUCUGCAGUUCCCGAUCAUCACCGGCACGUCGGCGGGGGCCAUCAACGCCGCGUAUCUGGCGGCCCAGAGCGGUCCAUUGACCGCUGCGAUCGACGGGCUGGCCCAGCUCUGGCGCCAGCAGCGUGUGGAUCACGUGUUCCGGGUCGACAACCGCUCGCUCGUCAACCAUGUCCUGCGCUGGGGCAUGAAGCUCGUCUCCGGCGGUGGAUCGCUCGCGCCGCAGGUCGAGGGCUUUCUCGACACCGCGCCGUUGCGUCAGUUCCUGCAUGACUGUUUCACACCGGCGGACAGCGGCGAGAUCCCCGGUAUCGCCCGCAACAUCGCGGCGUGCCGCCUGCGUGCCCUGGCCAUCACCACCACCCGCUACGAUUCCGGGCAGUCGGUCAUCUGGGUCCAGGGCGCCGAUAUCGAGGAUUGGGAGCGGCCCAACCGCCACGGCCGCAAGGCGCGCAUCACGGUCGAGCACAUCAUGGCCUCGGCCGCGCUGCCGCUGUUCUUCCCUGCCGUCAGACUCGAUGACGGGUGCUCAUCCGCGCGAUGCUGCUGGACGAUCUCGAUCGGGACGAGUGGAACACUGCGGCGCCUCAACCGGCUGGUGCGCCGCCUGCCGCCCGGCCAGCGCGAGGGGCUGCGCCCGGUAGAGCUGGUCGUGAUUCGGCCGUCGCGCGAUCUGGGCGACCUGACCCGCGAGUUCGAGCCUCGUCUGCCGCGCCUGUUCCGUCACCUGACGCGCAGCCUCGGCUCGCGGGAGAUGGCCAGCCAGGACCUGCUGAGCCUGCUGAUGUUUCAGGAGGACUACAUCGACCGGCUGCUGGCGAUCGGCGCAGCGGACGCCGCACGCGACGCCGACCGGGUCGCGGCGCUGCUGGCGGGCACGCACGAACCCUGA